GGCGCUGACCAAAAAGGCGCAGAGCACUCCACCGCAGAGCACUCAGGGAUGCCUUGGAUGCCUUCAAAACGAUUUGGGCAGGCACAAAGGAUGACGAAAUUUAUGAAAUUAUUCAUUCAAGAUCGUGGCACAGACCAAAUCACUAUUGGAUCCCGCGUUGUGGCUACAAUGGAUGGCCAGGUCAUUCAACGUCCAGAAGGAUCGCUGAACAUCUGGGCUAUCGGCCAGGGCUUUGAAGGAUCAGCUUCUGAUUGGACAGAGUAUGUGGUUUGGCUUGUGGGUUUCUUUGCGCUCAUCUGGUUCAUCUGGCAGAGGAACGCUUCGCCCCCAACUGCAAUUCUCCAGCAUUCCGAACAGCUUGCCAAAAGCCCAAAAACCCCAUAAACCUCUGGUUGAGGUUAUGGCUUUGCCAGACUCAGACUUUCCAGAGGAUGGUGAGGCAGAGACAAAGCCGCAGCCGAAUGAUUCGAAGGAGCCGAAGGAGAAAGGUUCGACCAAAAAGAAGAGAUGAGACAGCGGCUUGGAAGCAACACAGGGAUCAUCAGGGAUCAGAGAAGCAAGCGACAGAGAUUGAACAAUUUGACCCUGUAGGAUGGCUUGCAAAUCUCCCAAGAAUGCCUAGUUUUGCCCCCAGCACGUAUGAACUCAAAGAAGGCAGCCAGUGAUGUAGAUUUCUCGGUGAUAAUAGGUGAUAUUCACAUGUAUUCACGAUAUUUCCCAUGGAAAUUGUGGAGAAGCUCUGGCUCUUCGAUCCGCCGUGAUGACUUGUGAGACUGAAACUCCGUAGCUUGGUAGCCUUGGAAGGCGCUGACGAAGAAGUUGGGAAGCUGUUUUACGUUUACCGGUAGAGUCUCAAAGAAGUGUGGAUUACCAAAGUGUAGAUUCACCUAUCCAGGCUCAAGCACACAGACGUACAGACUGUCCGCGUGGAAAG